AUUAAAGUGGUAGAAAAAGCUAGCAGGUUUUUAUCAGUCAUGGUUUCUGAGAAGCAGGUCAUGGAUCUGUUACGUCCGAACUGGCACCCAUUUGUGGUCUAUAUGUUCAACUGUUUUCAGACUAAAGGACACAUUUUGUUUGUCAUGGAAUAUUUAGAAGGCCGAACCUUAAACGUGAUAUUGGCAAUUGAAAAGUUCUUUACAGAACAACGGACAGUGUUUUACUCGUCUUGCGUUUUGUUAGCUAUUGGUUACUUACACAGCCUCAAUAUAGCACACAGAGAUAUCAAGCUAGAAAAUAUAGCACUAGAUCGUCAGGGAUAUCCAAAGUUGAUUGACUUUGGUAUGGCUGAAAUUAACGUUAAACAUAACACACCAAUACUGGAGAAAUCAGGCACUAGAUUUUAUCAAGGACCUGAGUUUCUAAUUCCUGGCAUGAUCACUCGACGGUCGAGUGACUUUUGGAGUUUGGGAGUGAUCAUA